UACUUUAAAGAGCACACGUGAAUGAAGCGCACACAGGACCGAGGUUUAUUGCACAUCCGGUACACGCUCAUCGCUUUUGCGCUCACUUUUCUUUCUUCUUCCCAUGUUGGGUUAUUAAAUGUGUGAUCCUCCGUCGCGUGGGUAGGUGUGCCGCCGGACGAGUGCUCGACUGGGCUGCGUGGAAAAGCGCGAGUCGCGGUGCCUCUAAGAGAGCCUCCGUGAUUUAAGGAUGCUGGUGGGAAAUGCCUGGAGACAGAGAUGACGAGAUUUGUCAAAAGGCACUUGAACUCCUCACGGAUCUUUGCUCCACGGGGGAAGUGAAAAGCGAAAACUGCCUGGAUUUCAUCUACUAUUUCCGUGAUUUGGCCAGGCCACGAUAUUCAGACUCAGAUGUGUCGGUGAGUCUCCUGUCUCUGGUUGUGACAGCCUGCGGCUUGGCUCUAUUUGGAGUCUCCCUCUUCGUCUCCUGGAAGCUUUGUUGGAUACCAUGGAGGGAGCGUGGUCUAUCCCCCACAACCAAGGAGCCCCACGGUGGGCACCUCAACCCGGCGAUGAGCCCUCUGCCCUCCCAGCCUGCACCAAGGCAGCCAGUCUACACUGCCGUGGACCCCCCAGCACACAACCGCCGUGAGUCGUCACACUGCUCCAUCGCCAAGGAGCCUGCUCCUAUGGAGUCAGUUGUUUCUGUGGAGGCUCCAGUUACGCCUGUAUCGCCUCCCCCUGUGGUCCUGGCCCCACCUGAGGCAGCCAUGAAGAUCAGUUACACUUCUCCAGACAUUCCACUCGACGCCCAGCAGGAGACAAGUCGGGAAAACGGGGUUCACACCAACCCACGCAUUCAGAGACAGACGACAGAACCUUCCUCGUCUGGGAACUCCAUGUCAGAAAUCGGACAAGGCUCCAUACGCCGACACAUGAACCUAUCCAACCCCGACUUCAACAUGGCCCAGUUUCAAAGGCAGGACUCCCUCACUGGAAUGGGACUGGGCCUGGGGCGCCUCAAACCUGAGCUCUACAAACAGCGUUCUCUGGAGGGAGAUGACGGCAGUCACAGAGGCAGAGGCUGUGGACGUCUCCACUUCAUCCUCAGGUUUGACUGCGACCUGGAGCAGCUGAUUGUUAAAAUCCACAGAGCGGAGGAUCUACCAGCCAAGGACUUCUCCGGAACCUCAGACCCUUAUGUUAAGAUCUACCUGCUGCCUGAUCGGAUGACCAAGCAUCAGACCAAGGUGCAUCGCAAGACUCUCAACCCUGUUUUUGAUGAGGUCUUCUUGUUUCCCGUGGCCUACUCAGAGCUUCCCACACGUAAGCUGCACUUCAGCGUCUACGACUUCGACCGAUUUUCGCGCCAUGACAUUAUUGGCCAAGUGGUUGUGGACAACUUCCUGGAUCUGGCAGAUUUCCCACGGGAGACAAAACUCUGCCGGGAAAUCAAAUAUGUCUCAACGGAUAACGUGGACCUGGGCGACCUGAUGUUUUCUCUGUGUUACCUACCAACUGCAGGGAGGCUGACCAUCACAAUGAUAAAAGCUCGCAACCUAAAGGCCAUGGAUAUCACAGGGGCAUCUGAUCCAUACGUCAAGGUUUCUCUCAUGUGUGACGGUCGCAGAUUGAAGAAGAGGAAGACCUCUACAAAGCGGAACACUUUGAAUCCGGUCUAUAACGAAGCCAUUGUUUUUGAUGUCCAACCAGAGACCAUAGAGCAGAUCAGCCUGUUGGUUGCAGUCAUGGAUUAUGACCGUGUCGGCCAUAAUGAGGUCAUUGGCGUGUGUCGGGUCGGCAAUGAUGCAGACAACCUGGGUCGAGAGCAUUGGAGUGAAAUGCUUACGUAUCCCCGAAAACCUGUCGCCCACUGGCAUCCUCUUGUCGAGUACCAGUGUACCACAGGUAGUAGCCAAGGUGGAUCCUGUAACUCUCUGAAGGCGCCUCCUUCUCCAUAGAGGGUCUCACUUAAGGCCUGGGUUCAGCCUACCAGUGCUGACAAAUACUACACACACAAACACACACACGCACGCACGCACACGUGCACACACACACACACACACACACACAAACACACACACACACACACACACACACAAUAAAGAUGCAGCCAUCCAUUGUGUUGGAGGAUGAAGAGACAUAACUGGACCAGUUGCAUGUUGAAUGAUCACAUUGAUGGAUUUUUUUUUUUCUAUAAUGUUUAAAGAGAAAAAAAAACGUAUGCAGACAUUUGACCUCUGUCUUCUUAGAUUUACACUUUUUUUACAUUGUCUCUUGUUACAUGUCUUUAACUGAGGUGAGUGUGUAAUUUGCACUAUGUACUUAACAACCAGUCAAACUGCCUUUCUCUCUUUUCUUUUGGUCGUGAAUCGGUGCAUGAGGUCAUUGCUUGUUGGGAUAUCUCCCCAAUUGUCUGUGUGUUUGUUCUCUCUACUUUGGAUGUAUUGUUCUGUUUGUUGAUGUGCAGUGAAAGUUGAUUUAUUCAGAAAGUGGUUGUCUGUGAAGAAAAAAAAAAAAGGUAAAUAUUGUCAAUAAGUAUAAUUCAAUCAAAAAAGCCAUUGUCGAUCUGAUUGUAUCAACAGGUUGUUUUUUUUAAGCAUGACAAUUGUUUUUCUUUUUUUCUUUAUGGCCACACUGAAAAUAAAAAAUUAUUUUUUAAGAUUUUAAAAAGGUAGAUCAUAUUAGAAUAAACUCUCAUCGCAAAAAAAAAAAAUUAAUUUAUGUUUAAAAUAUCUUGCAUUAAGAAGAAGAUUGUUGAAAAAAAAAAAUUUUGACAACAAAUUAGUCAAUGUUUUGUCAGAUCAAAACCAUUCAAUGUGAUUAUUUGAUUUUUUUUUUUUAUGAAAAAAGAGCUACAAAGACUUAAAGAACAGAUUUGGGGUUUGAUUUAAUAUUAAUUUGAUAUUAUGACAUUAUCUCAAUAAUGCUGUAAAUGAAGAUAAUGUGCCUUCUGAUUUUGUUCAUUAAAUAUAUGUCAUUAUUUAUUAUAACUUUAUUUUCUAUAGUUUUUUUUACUUAAAAAAAAAAGAAGUAUUUUUCCUUUGAAUAUUACCAAUUCAUUUUAUUGCAUUUUUUUCUUCCAUUUGGCCUGAAUGGUAACUCUAUUAUUACCCCAAUAUCAACAAUAGUCAUGCGAAUAUUAAAAUAUCACAAUAAAAAAAAGAAUAAAUAAUGUGUCCAUUAAACGGGUAUAAAUGUUUUUUCUGUAUAAUUACAAUUGUGUUUCAUCAUGUACGGUACUUGAGUAAAAAAAUGCUAAUCUUGUACACAAACCUAACCUAAGGUAUGUGGUUUUUUUAUUUUAUCACAUCAAAUAAAUGGGACCAAUAAUACAGUCUUUGAUAGCAUUUUCAUGAAAGUAAUUUAAACACUUUUAUUUUUGUUAUCAUAAUGAACAGAGCAUAUGACUAGAAGUUAAAAAAAUAAAUAAAAAAAAAAAGCACCCGAGCGUUCAGACCUCCGCCAGGCCUUACAUCCCAAUAGUAAAACAGUCCUGAAUCCAGACGGUGAUCCGCUUUACCCCCAAAAUGUAAUAAUUGUUUCCCUACCCCAUUUCUGACAUUUCCAGGAAGUUUCAUGAGUUUCUCCAGCGGACUGAAAGAAAACACAGUGAACUUGUGAUCGUAUCUGUCAUCCACUGUCUUUGUCUCCGUGGGUGGAGGCGGUUAAUGUAAAGGGAAGGUAACAUACUGUAGUAGAAAUACUCCGGAUCAGCACCAAAAUCUGAUCAGUUGUUCCCUGAUAAAAAUCCGCCCAUAAUGUUUUGAGUUAUGUUGUUCACUAUCAACUAACUGAGAGACAAACAAACCCCAACAACCUCUUGGCGUAGGUACAAACGGCAGUGGUAUUGUAAUAUUUGCAAUGCCAAGUUUCACACAGGCCAAAAGAAUGCUUAGUAAAAACAACUUUUACAAUCAAGGCAAUUUGCCGCAUGUAUGGCUUUAGAGUAAAUGUAUACUAAAUAAAAGGCAGCCAAGUGGAUUUCUCAGUCAGGGAAUAGCUGCUUGUAGAAGCAGACAGCAAAAAAAACAAUAACACCAUUUUAUUUUAAAACAAACAAAAUAUAAACAUUAUUUUUGCAAUGUUUCAUCAUGCAGUGAGUGAACCAUAUGUUGCAGUUAUAGAAAUCAAAAUAGCAGGCCUACUUUUAAUUUGGUGAGUCCAGCCUUAAAAAAAACCUUUGGAUGGUUCAUGAAUGAUGUGUGUAAUGGAUCUGUUUCGCAUGCAAACAGGAACUGAUUGAACAUUUGGGGUAUCUGUAUAUGGAAAGUAACAGCAAUUAAUAUAUAUUUUUUGCUCUUGUCCAAGGCGACUGAUUGGAAAUUAAAACAUUGCCUUUUUUCUUUCAGUUUGCAGUCAUGUGGCGUCAUUAUCUAAUGUCUUUGUAUUUACUUACAAUGUUUGGAGAUUGCAACAUCUCUCCAGUGUGCCCAUGUCGAUGUUACUUUUAGGCUAGUGCUGUUCUGUUUGACCUGUUCUACAGU